GAAGACGCCGCCGCCGCCAUUUUGGCGCCGUGAGGGGGAGGAAGGAGCCGCCGCCAUGAAACCGCCGCGGCGGCUCCGUUUUCUCCCGUCGCGUUUAGCGGAGGCUCCGCGCAGCCCCGAGAGGCCCCGGAGAGGCGCGUGGGGGCUGCGGGAGAAGCGGGAGCUGCUGGCGGCGCUGAGGGCGGAGGCGCGGAGAGGCCUCCCCGAGCAGCGGCUGCCGGCGGCGCUGAGGGAGAAGCUGCCCCGGAGGAGCGAGGAGGAGAUCCGGGCGUUCCUGGUUCGGCUCCGGGGCCGAGCGGCUCGAGAGGCCCUGACCUCGAAAUUCCGGAAAUUUCUGCUCUUCCGGCGCCGGAUCCGCGCCCCAAUCCAGGUGUGGCAGGACCUGGCUGAGACCCUCGGGGGAGGGGUCCCGGAGGGUCCCCCCAGCGCCGCCUUUUCCCAGGUGCUGACGGUGGCGGCCACGGAGCCCCUGACCCUGGAGCACUCCAGACCCCCCCGGAAUUCCGGGAUCCCCCAAAAUUCGGGAGCUUCCCGAGAUUCCGGGAGCCCCCCGGGAGCGGGGGGGCCCCAGAAUCCGGGAUCGGCCCCGAAUCCCGGGAAUUUGGAGGUGGAUUUUGGGCGGAUUUACGAAUUCCUGGCCAGGAUCGGAGCGGGGGGGGAGGGGCCCCCCCUGCCCCCCGCAGAAUCCGCCGUGGUUUUGGCCUUACUGGGAUCGCUGCCGGCCCAACUGGGAGCACUGGGAGCACUGGGAUCGCUCCGGAAUCACUUCCGGGGGCUCUGGGGGUCCCUGCGGGGCCCCUCCCCCCCCCUCAACCCCUUACUGGUGCCACUGGGAUUACUGGGAGCGCUGGGACGGGCGGCCUGAGGGGGGGGAGGGGCGGAAUUCCCAAAUUUUUGGGGGCUCCGAUGGGAAAAAUCCCCCAAAAAAAUUC